AUGGCGCGCUGCACCCACAAAGGCUGUGGGAAGGAGUACGAUGCGGCCUCAAACAGCGACGGUGACUGCAAAUACCACUCCGGCGGACCGGUAUUCCACGAGGGUCUCAAGUCUUGGUCGUGCUGCAACGAAACCAAUAAACCCGUGAUGGAGUUUGACCAGUUUAUGGCUAUUCCGGGCUGUACGACGGGAAAGCAUACCGAGAAGACUCAGGUGGCCCAGCCAGCCCAGGUCCCAGCAGCCGAGGCGCCAGCCGCGACCACUUCCACUGAUGGGGUCGAGACGUAUGGCUCAACUCCCGCUGAGACCCCAUCGGUGUCGAUGGCACCCAGCAAGGCGCCAACUCCGCCUCCCGUAGUGGAGGAGGAAGACGACCUCUCCCUCCCUGUUCCGGAGGGGGCCAAGUGUAAGCGUCUCGGCUGUGGCGCGGAAUGGCAGGGCCCAGCGAGCCGUGGUGACGGUCCAGAGGCAGGGUGUACCUACCAUCCCCAGAAGCCGGUAUUCCACGAAGGAUCAAAGGGAUACCUAUGCUGCAAGCCGCGCGUUCUGGAAUUCGACCAAUUCCUCAAAAUCCCCGGCUGCAAGACUGGGCAUCACCUCUUUGUCGGAUCCAAGUCUCAAGGCGAGGAACUGGUCGACUGCAGGGUGGACCACUACCAGACGCCUCUUGAGGUUCACGUGUCGGCGUAUUCGAAAAAUGCCGACAAGGACCGGUCACAAGUGACGUUUGCGGACCAAUCCCUCACCCUCGACCUGUACCUCCCCAACAACAAACGCGUCAAGAAGACGGUCACACUUUAUGGACCUGUUGUUCCUGAUCAAUGCAAGUUCCGCAUUCUGGGCUCCAAGGUCGAUAUCACCCUCAUCAAGCCGGUUGCCGCGUCGUGGCCCCUCCUGGAACUGCCUGCGGCGGGAACAGAGUUGCCUCCGGGGUACGCGCUGACUUUUGGGGUUAGUGGGCGGACGGGGACGGUGGGGGGAAAGGAGGUCGUGCUUAGUGUCGAGGAGGCGGCCAAGCAGGGCCGGUAG